CUCGAACGUAGCCGCCGGGCAGGAGACGGCGGGGCAGGCUGCUCCCAAGACUGAGGGAACCCCGCACUGUUUCGACCCCGUGCGGACCUCUGGGGAGGCCGGAAUCAUGACGGGCGAGGUGGAUUCUGAGGUACACCUAGAAAUCACUGAUCCAAAACUCAUUUCUCAAGAUGCAGACAGUCCUUUAGACAGUGGACAGGGCAGCUGUGGAACUUCUGGAUCCUUGAGUGAAAUGGAUUCAGAUGAAGAGAUCUUUGUGAGUAAGAAAUUGAAAAGCAGGAAAGUGCUACAGGACAGUGACUCUGAACCAGAAAAUGCAAAUGCCUCUCCAGAGAAAACUACCUAUGUCAGCGCUGAGGAGGAAAAUAAGGAGAAUUUAUACAUGGGGAAAAAUGGAAAAAUCAAAAGGAUUUACAAAACACUGGCGGAGAGUGACGGAAGUGACAAAGAGGAGUCUUUGUCUCAGGAAAAUCUUCAGGGGACACCUUGCUUACAGCCAAAUCUCCAGUCUGGAAACUCCAAGGACUGCACGGCUGACGGAAAGGUUUCCAGAAAAUCGACACGGGACAAAGAAGGAACUGGAGGAAAAGCAAAAGUAAAGUCGAAGAGAAGACUUGAGAAAGAGGAGAGAAAGAUGGAAAAAAUUAGGCAGCUAAAAAAGAAGGAAGCAAAACCCAAGGAAGAUGAUGAGGAAGAGCUGUUUGAUGACAGCGGCUGUCUACUUGCGGAUAAAGACCUUUUUGAAACUGGCUUGGAGGAGGAGGAUAACUCUGCCAUAGAGGAUGAAGAGUCAUUAGAAUCAAUAAGGGCUGCUGUGAAAAACAAAGUCAAGAAGCACCAGAAAAAGGAAUCAUCUUUGGAAAGUGGGGUCUGUUCAUUUGAAGAAGAAAAUGAAUUAUCAAAAAGCACCAUGAGAAAGGAAAGGAAGGCAGCCAAGUUAAGUAAAGAAGCAUUGAAAAAGCUGCACAGUGAGACUCAGCGCCUUGUUCGAGAGUCUGCACUGAAUCUUCCUUAUCACAUGCCUGAGAAUAAAACCAUUCAUGAUUUCUUCAAACGUAAGCCCCGGCCCACUUGCCAGGGAAAUCCUAUGACACUCCUGAAGUCAUCCAAAUAUCACAAAGAGACCAUGGAAGCUGCAAAAACAAGUGAAACGGAUUGUGACCCUCAAUGCAAAGGUGCUGAGCAGACAGCAGGCACAGAAUCCGAGUUGGAAGUGAAUGUGCUCUCCGGGGUUCCAAAGGAACCCCAGGUCCCUGCUGGUUUAGAUGAAUCUUGCAAGAAGGAUUUGGUGAGAAAUGAGGAGCCAGAGACCCAGGAGAAGCAGAGUGAUGCUGGACUUUUACCAGGGGACAGCUCAGGGUCGCAGCAGGAAUCCAGCUUUGUUAGGAGUGACAGUGCAGAGUGUCAGGCUGAAAGCCUUGUUGCUUCUGAAGCUCGUGUCCUGAAGGGAAAAGAUGACCAAGGAAAAGCAGAAGACACAGAGGAGAAAGUGGAAGAGCCCAGGCAGCAGACAAAGUCAGCAGUGGUUACACCACCUGAGAAGUCCAGACGGUUCACCCUGGACAGACUGAAGCAGCUGGGAGUGAACGUUUCCAUGAAACCACAGCUGGGUGCUGACAAGGAUUCCUUUGUGAUCCUUGAGGAGCCUGAAACCAACAGAGAACUGGAAGCUUUGAAGCAGCGUUUCUGGAAACACGCUAAUCCUGUGGCCAAACCCCGGGCCAAUCAGAUAGUGAAUGUGAACAUCAUCGUGAAAGACUUGAGCACUGAGGGCAAGGAGGAGCUGAAGGCAGAUGUGGUGCCUGUGACCUUGGCCUCUGAGAAACUGGAUGGAAUAAGCCACACAAAACCAGGUGAAAAGCUUCAGGCAUUAAAAGCUAAACUUCAAGAGGCAAUGAAACUCCGAAGGUUUGAAGAGCGCCAGAAACGCCAAGCAUUAUUUAAGUUAGAUAACGAAGAUGGGUUUGAAGAGGAGGAGGAGGAGGAGGAAGAAAUGACAGAUGAGUCUGAGGAAGAUGAAGAAGAGGACGCAGAAGAAAAAGAGAAAGAAGAGGAAGAGUUAGGGGAAGAAGAGGGGAAAGAGGAAGAGGAGGAAGAAGGCAGUGAGGAGAUUGCAGAAUUUCUUCUUAGUAAUGAAGAAAUAGAAACUAAAGAUGAGAAAGAAAUGGAUAAAGACAAUAACGAUGGCAGUAGUGAAACGGGCAGAUCGGAUGGGCUCCUCUCUGUCCCCAAGCCUCUCUUAUCAGACUCUACCUUACUUCUAUUUAAGGACAACUCUUCCAAGAUGGGUGACUUUCCCACUGAAGAAAAAUCAGAAACGGAUGAAAGCUCAAGCAAACAGCCUAGCAAACUGGAUGAAGACGAUUCCUGCUCCUUGCUGACGAAGGAGAGCAGCCACAAUAGCAGCUUUGAGCUGAUCGGCUCCACCAUUCCGUCCUAUCAGCCUUGCAAUAGGCAAACAGGCCGAGGAACCAGCUUUUUUCCUGCCGGAGGGUUCCGCUCUCCGUCCCCUGGGUUGUUUCGGUCCAGUUUGGUCAGCUCAGCUUCUAAGAGUUCAGGGAAACUGUCUGAGCCUUCACUUCCCAUCGAGGAUUCCCAGGAUCUGUACAACGCCUCCCCAGAGCCCAAGACGCUUUUCCUAGGAGCAGGAGAUUUCCAGUUCUGUCUAGAAGAUGACACUCAGAGCCAACUGUUGGAUGCAGAUGGAUUCUUAAAUGUUAGGAACCACAGGAAUCAGUACCAAGCCUUGAAGCCUCGGUUGCCAUUGGCCAGUAUGGAUGAGAAUGCCAUGGAUGCCAACAUGGAUGAGCUGUUGGAUUUGUGUACUGGGAAGUUUACGACUCAGGCUGAAAAACAUCUGUCCACAAAGAACGACAAGAAAGAGAACAUGGAGGAACUUCUGAAUCUUUGCUCAGGAAAAUUCACUUCUCAGGAUCCAUCCACUCUGGCUCCACCGGAGUUCAGGAAGCAGGAGAGGGAGAGCAGUAUGAGUGAUCCAAUGGAAGAAGCACUUGCUCUUUGCUCAGGCUCUUUCCCAACAGACCGGGAAGCAGAAGGUGAAGAGGAAGAAUUUGGGGACUUUCAGCUCGUCCCAAAUGAUAAUGAGUUUGAUAGUGAUGAGGAAGAACGCAGUGACUCUGGGGAGGAGGACCUGGAGGACCAAGAAGAUGAUGAUGAGGAAGAAUUACUGAAGCAAUCUGAAAGGUUGAAAAGGCGAAUGAGAUUGAAGAAAUACCUGGAGGAUGAGGCGGAGGUGUCAGGAAGUGAUGUGGGAAGUGAAGAUGAAUAUGACGGAGAAGAGAUCAAUGAAUAUGAAGAGGAUGUCAUUGAUGAAGUUUUACCCUCUGAUGAGGAGCUGCAGAGUCAAAUCAAGAAAAUACACAUGAAAACCAUGUUGGACGAUGAUAAGCGACAGCUACGUUUAUACCAAGAGCGGUACCUUGCCGAUGGCGACCUGCACAGCGACGGGCCUGGGCGAAUGAGGAAAUUCCGUUGGAAAAACAUAGAUGAUGCUUCCCAGAUGGACUUGUUCCACAGAGACUCCGAUGACGAUCAGAUGGAGGAACAGCUUGAUGAGACAGAGGCCAGGUGGAGGAAGGAGCGAAUUGAACGGGAGCAGUGGCUUCGGGACCAGGCACAGCAGGGGAAAAUUACAACUGAAGAAGAAGAAAUUGGGGAAGACAGUCAGUUUAUGAUGCUAGCCAAGAAAGUGACAGCCAAGGCACUGCAGAAGAAUGCCAAUCGUCCAGUGGUUAUUCAGGAAUCAAAGUCUCUUCUCAGAAAUCCUUUUGAAGCCAUCACUCCAGGACAGGUACACCAGCGGAAGACAGGGUCCCUGCUCAACCAGCCCAAAGCUGUGCUUCAGAAACUGGCUGCCCUCUCCGACCUCAACCCCAGUGCCCCACGAAAUUCAAGGAACUUUGUCUUCCACACGCUCUCUCCUGUCAAAACGGAGGUGGCAGUGGAGUCCUCUAAACCUCAGGUGAGGAGAAAGGGGUCAUCUUUCAUGACAUCGCCUUCACCUAAACGCCUCAAAACAGAUGAUAGCACUUCUGGACCAAAGCGGAGCGUCUUCAAAUACCUAGAGAGCUAGCACCAACGGGGGCAUUUCUCUUGAGAUGGCUUUGAGAAGGUUCUAGCACUGAAGGUUGGAAUUGAUGCGCACACUGAUGAUCCCUCCUUUCUUCACAAGGCACUGAGAUUAUGGACAGAAAUUCCAGUUCUUUGUAUUGCACAGAUCAGAUCUUCCCCAGUAGCAUUUCCUGGGCUGGCCCUCAGUCU